AUGGUGGAGAGACGCGUCUCCAAGUUCCUGCGCUCCCUAUUCGCGCGCGCCGCACCCCAAUACCAGCGGCUGGGCAGGGACGAGUUGGAAACGCUGAUCGACAACCAAUAUGAGCUGAAAGCCGUCAAGGAAGAGAAGCUGGUGGCGGGCCUGGCACCCCGGGAAGCUAGCCAGUGCCAGCAGGAAGAUUUGGCCAAAGUGCUCGGCGUGGACCUCCAGGCUGGGCUGUCAGAGCUGGAGGUGGCGCCACGCAGAAAGGUGCAUGGCUGGAACGAGUUGGUUGCCAACAACACAGAGCCCAUGUGGAAGAAGUACUUGGACCAGUUCAAGAACCCACUGAUCCUGCUGCUACUGGCCUCGGCCCUGGUCAGCGUCCUCACCCAGGAGUACGGGGAUGCUGUCAGCAUCACCAUGGCCGUGCUGAUUGUGGUCACUGUGGCCUUCGUCCAGGAGUACAGGUCAGAGAAAUCUCUAGAAGAGCUGGCCAAGCUGGUUCCUCCUGAAUGUAACUGCAUCAGAGAUGGAAAAGAGAAGCACAUGCUGGCCCGAGAGCUGGUCCCCGGAGACAUCGUGACCCUGUCCAUGGGUGACCGUGUCCCUGCCGACAUCCGCCUCACCCAGGUUGUGAACCUUCUGGUAGAUGAGUCCAGCUUUACUGGGGAAGCUGAGCCCUGCAGUAAGACAGAUACUCCACUGCUAGGCGAGAGUGGCCUCACCAGCCUGAGCAACAUCGUCUUUAUGGGGACCUUGGUGCAGUGCGGGAAGGGGCAGGGGGUUGUGAUCGGCACUGGAGAGAAGUCUCAAUUCGGAGAAGUGUUCAAGAUGAUGCAAGCUGAAGAGACACCCAAGACCCCCCUACAGAAAAGCAUGGACAAGCUGGGGAAGCAUCUGACACUCUUCUCAUUCAGCAUAAUUGGGCUGAUCGUACUCAUCGGCUGGUUGCAGGGAAAGCCGCUCCUCAGCAUGUUCAGGGUCGGGGUCAGCUUGGCAGUGGCAGCCAUCCCCGAGGGCCUGCCCAUAGUCGUCAUGGUGACCCUGGUACUGGGUGUGCUGCGGUUGGCCAAGAAACGAGUCCUUGUGAAAAAGCUUCCCAUUGUGGAGACGCUGGGCUGCUGUACUGUCAUCUGCUCCGACAAGACAGGGACGCUGACCACAAACGAGAUGACAGUCACUCAGCUGGUGACAUCAGAUGGGUUCCACGCUGAGGUCAGCGGAGUUGGGUACAGUGGUGCAGGCACUGUGAACCUCCUGCCCACGAAGGAGCCCCUCAAGGAGUUUGCCAACAUGUCGGUGGGGAAGCUGGUAGAGGCAGGCUGCGUGGCCAACAAUGCCAUAAUUGGCCAGGACUCGGUGCUUGGCCAACCCACUGAGCGUGCCCUCCUGGUUCUGGCCAUGAAGAUGGACCUAGAUGGCGCAAGAGACUCCUACGUGAGGAAAAAAGAGAUUGCCUUCAGCUCCGAGCAGCGCUGGAUGGCUGUGCUGUGUGGCCUCCGGGGUGAGGACCAGAGAGACAUGUACUUCAUGAAAGGUGCCCUGGAGGAGGUGCUGGGUGCCUGCAACACCUACAACCACGGGGGACUCCCCCUGCCACUGACGCCCCAGCUGCAUGCCAGCUACCUACAGGAAGAGAAAAGAGUUGGAGCAAUGGGCCUGCGUGUGCUGGCAAUGGCCUCAGGACCUGAGCUGGGGGCUCUGACCUUCCUGGGGCUCGUGGGUAUCAUCGACCCCCCACGUGAAGGUGUCAAGGAGGCCGUGCAGUUGCUCUCAGAGUCAGGAGUGGCCUUAAAGAUGAUCACGGGGGAUGCCCUGGAGACAGCCCUGGCCAUAGGAAGAAGGAUUGGCCUGUGCUCUGGGCAGCCAGACACACUGUCUGGGGAGGAGGUGGAGCACUUGCAGCAGGAGCAGCUGGUGGAGCAUGUGGGGAAGGUGUCUGUGUUCUUCAGGACCAGCCCAAAGCACAAAGUCAAGAUCAUCAAGGCCCUUCAGGAGUCAGGCGCUGUGGUGGCUAUGACGGGAGAUGGUGUGAACGAUGCGGUGGCCCUCAAGUCUGCUGACAUUGGCAUUGCCAUGGGACAGUCGGGCACAGACGUGAGCAAGGAGGCAGCUAGCAUGGUCCUGGCCCAGGAUGACUUUGCGGCCAUCACGAGCGCAGUGGAGGAGGGAAAGGGAGUCUUCCACAACAUCAGAAACUUUGUGCGUUUCCAACUCAGCACGAGCAUCGCAGCCCUGGGCCUCAUCGCCGUGUCCACCAUCUGCAGCCUGCCCAGCCCACUUAAUGCCAUGCAGAUCCUCUGGGUCAACAUCCUCAUGGACGGGCCCCCAGCACAGAGCCUGGGCGUGGAGCCCGUGGACAGGGACACGCUGCACCAGCCUCCCCGCAGAGUCACCGAGUCUAUCCUGGGCCGGGGGCUCCUACUGAGGGUCCUGCUGUCAGCCACCAUUAUCCUUGGGGGGACACUCUUCAUCUACUGGAGGGAGCUUCCUGCGGACUGGACCAGCUCCCCACGCACCACAACCAUGACCUUUACGUGCUUCAUCUUCUUUGACCUCUUCAAUGCCCUGACCUGCCGCUCUCAGAACAAGUUGAUCAUAGAGCUGGGCUUCCUCCAGAACCGCAUGUUCCUCUACUCAGUGCUGGCCUCAGUCCUGGGCCAACUGGCUGUCAUCUAUGUCCCACCUCUACAGAGGGUCUUCCAGACAGAGAACUUGGGGGUGCUAGAUUUGCUGCUGCUGACUGGCCUGGCCUCAUCUGUCUUCGUGGUGUCUGAGCUCCUCAAAGUGUGUGAGCGGGUCUGUUCCAAGCCCUUGAGGACCCACAUGCAGCCCCCAAGGAGGCCGUGA